UUCUUUCCUGGGGUCCUGUGUGCCCCUUGUUUGAGAAAUGAAGGGACUUCUCAGCCAUUACCACUCUCAGAGCUGCAGGUGUCCAAGAGAUCUCCGUCAUCAUUUGUUCUUCCAAAAGAAAAUGGCCAAGGCCCACAUGCUGCUCUUUUCAAGCUGCUGUCUGACUAUGAUGCCCAGGGCUUGGAAAGUGAUGUCUCAAGACCACCCCCAGAUUCUAGAGCCCUACGGUAUAUGAAAAAUUUGUAUAAAACGUUUGCUACCAAGGAAGGCAUUCUUAAGGCCAACAAAAGGCAUCUCUACAACACUGUCCGUCUUGUCACACCACAUGCUGAAUGCAAGCAUCCCACUGCUAAUGGAGAUCUUCAUUCAAUAUACCUGUUUUUCAACCUGGAUGGUGUUACUGCCUCAGAACACUUACUCAAGUCAGCCUUACUGUUCUCACUGGAUGAGUCUGUUCCUACAGCUUCAAAUCUUACCUGUGUUUGCAACGUGGCUGUUCAAGAAAGCGAUGCCUCCAGCCAAGUGUGCAUCGAUGUUCCACAUGCAAUGGUAUUCAGUCUGGAUUUUGAACAUAGACGCAAAUGGAUUGAGAUUGAUAUGACCACUAUUCUUCACCCUUGGAUAGUUGACAAGAAAAGAAACCUCCAUUUGGCUGUGAAUUUCACCUGCUUGAAAAAUGAACAUUAUCCCAACUCUGAAUAUGAGUUCUUCAACAUGGCACAGAGAUCCCUUUUUCUUCUCCUCUAUACUGUUGACACUAGUGAGCACACUUAUCACAGAUGGAAUUUUACAUUGUCUAGUCUCAAAAAGAGUCCUUUCACAGUUCCCAGUGAAGAGGCCAGGAAAGGCCUUAAACAGGGAAGAAUACCUCGUCACAGAAGAGAAGAUGGGAAAAUAAAAAACACUCCACUUCCAAUAUUUAACAUAAGUCAGUAUUACUUAUACUCCAUUCCUCAAAAUGAAUGUGAGCUUCACAGCUUUUGGUUGGAAUUCAGUCAAUUAAAAUGGGACAAAUGGAUAAUUGCACCACAUAGAUACAAUCCUCACUAUUGCAAAGGUGACUGUCCAAGAAUUGUUGGCCAUCGCUAUGGCUCUCCAAUUCAUGCUGUUAUUUUGAACAUCAUGCGGGAGAAACUGGAUUCUUCAAUCCCUGAACUUUCCUGCAUCCCAGCUGACUACAGUCCUUUGAGUGUUUUGAAGGUGGAGGCUGAUAGAUCAAUUGUAUACAAAGAAUAUCAGAACAUGAUAGCGAAACGUUGUACAUGCCGUUAAAACUAAUUGUGAUGUAAUGAACCUUGUAGUUUGAUAUUUUCCCUACUUGUGAAUUAUUAAUUGAAAAAUAAAGUAUGAAGUGCAAAAGCA